CGUUGGGAUAGGCCAUAACAACCACCCAACAAGGCGUUGUGCUACUAAGGGGAAAUACCGAACCGAACCGAGAUUUAAAACGGUCUGGGUUUAGUUUUUAGUCGAGGUAGAUGCUGAAAAAUCACCGGAAAGUCGAUGCAAGUGGAAACUAUUGCACAUUAGAGACCAAAGGUUGACGUCGAGCCGUGCGUAAUGAGCAGAGUUGGGAAAAGAAGGUGUUGAGCUGCAUUUUUUUUCUCUCUCCCUCUCCCUGCCUGAGACAAGUUGGAUCGGAGUGCUGCCUAAACUACGAGGGGAAACGAAGAAAAAAUAAUGCCUGCGAAGCUCCUCACUUUCUGCCAUGGCAGCUUGGGCCUGGAGCUCUGAGGAUGCUUCAGAGGACCCGUGCCUGACCCGCAACUGACGACUGAGAGGAAUACGUUGUCUGAGCAGAAUGACUCAGCACGAGGGGGGACCCCCAAAUAGCAAGUGAAGAGAACCGAGGAUGGGUGCCAAUGGAUCCAGCUACCCGCACUCGUGCUCCCCACGGAUAGGGGGAGGUUCACAGGCACAACAGACUUUUAUAGGUAUUAAGUGCAUCACCGGGACCUCAUCCUACUCUCAGCAGGGAUAUGGUUGGGAGUCAAAGCUAUACAGCCUGGAGCACGGCCAUGAGCGGCCGGCAGACAGGAAGAAGAAGAGUCUUGGUCUGGCGACUCUCAAGCGGAGGUUCAUCAAAAGGAGGAAGUCUAGCCGCUCAGCGGAUCAUGCGCGGCAGAUGCGUGAGCUUUUGUCAGGGUGGGACGUCCGUGACACAAACGCCCUGGUGGAGGAGUAUGAGGGAACGGCAGCCCUCAAGGAGCUGAGCUUCCAGGCCAGCCUCGCACGUCCAGAGGCUCCUAGCUUGCAGCGGGAUCUAGCCGCUCUCUACCAGCACAAGUACUGCACAGAUGUGGACCUCAUCUUUCGGGGUACUUGUUUUCCAGCUCAUCGGGCCAUCCUGGCUCCCCGUUGCCCCUUUUUUAAGACCUUGCUGUCUUCAUCUCCCGGGUACGGAGCAGAGGUUCUAAUGGACAUUGACACGGCUGGCAUUGAUGUUCCCAUGUUCUCCGCCCUACUUCACUACUUGUACACUGGGGAGUUUGGGGUGGGUGGAGCAGAGGAUACGAGGCUUCAGAAUGUGGAUGUGCUAGUGCAGCUAAGCGAGGAGUUUGGUACACCUAACUCCUUGGAGGCAGACAUGAAGGGCUUGUUUGACUACAUGUGCUACUAUGACGCUCUGCUCAGCUUCUCUUCAGACUCUGAAAUGAUAGAGAGCUGUAAUGAGAGAGGAGCUGUGGCUGCAGCAACAUCAGUGAGUCAAGGAGGCAAUGGGGCCCCAGGAGCUGCAGGGACCCCAGACGAGGACCUUAGGGCUCACAAAGCUAUCCUGUCAGCACGCUCUCCUUUCUUUCGGAACCUUUUGCAGCGACGUAUUCGCACAGGCGAGGAAAUGACAGAGCGCACACUCCAGACACCCACCCGCAUAGUGCUGGAUGAGUCCAUAAUACCACGAAAAUAUGUGCAGGUUAUUCUCCACUGCAUGUACACGGAUGUCGUCGAGCUCGGGCUGGUGCUGCGUGGCAGCCCCUCAGCAGGCAGCCUCGGUGAGGUGCAAGCCCUAGUGUCAGGGAGCCGUGGGGCCAGCACACGCACUGAAGAGGCCAUGGAGCUGUACCAUAUUGCUCUGUUUUUGGAGUUUAGCAUGCUGGCUCAAGGCUGUGAAGACAUUAUUGUGGAGAGUUUGUCUCUGGACUCUCUUGUCCCCAUUCUCAAGUGGAGCUCCCAACCAUACGGCUCCAAGUGGGUCCAUAGGCAGGCCAUGCACUUCCUCUGUGAGGAGUUCAGUCAAGUUGUCACUUCGGAUGUUCUCUACGAACUUGGCAAAGAACACCUUCUCAGUGCAAUUCAGUCUGACUACCUACAGGCGAGUGAACAGGACAUUCUUAAGUAUGUUGUUAAGUGGGGCGAGCAGCAGCUUAUUAAGAGGAUGGCAGACAGGGAACCCAACCUAUUGAGUGGCACAGCCCACAGCGUAAACAAGAGGGGAGUGAAAAGGAGAGACUUGGAUGUGGAGGAGCUGAAGGAGAUCCUGUCUCCGCUCCUGCCCUUCAUCCGAACAGAGCACAUCUUACCUCCCAACAGUGACGUCCUCGCCGACGCACUCAAAAGGGGUUUGAUAAGCACCCCUCCUUCAGACAUGCUACCCACAGCUGAGGGGGGUAAAGCCAAUGCCUGGUUGCGUCAGAAAAAUGCAGGCAUCUAUGUGCGUCCACGCCUUUUCUCUCCUUACGUGGAGGAGGCUAAGUCUGUUCUUGAUGAAAUGAUGGUUGAGCAGACAGACCUAGUGCGUUUGCGACUAGUGCGCAUGUCCAACGUCCCGGACACACUCUACAUGGUCAACAACGCUGUGCCUCAGUGUUGUCACAUGAUUAACCACCAGCAAAUGGCAAGCAACUCAACCACAGCUCCAUCAGUCGUGGCAAAUGAAAUUCCAGUGCCUCAGUUAUCUGUGGUAAAGGAGAUGAUUCGGAGGCUGCAUGAGCUAAGACACACAGAGCAGGUUCAGAGAGCGUAUGCCCUCAACUGUGGCGAGGGAGCCACCGUCAGCUAUGAGCUGCAGCUGCGGGUGCUGAGGGAGUUUGGUCUGGCAGACGGAGCCACUGAGCUACUGCAGAAUCCAUACAAGUUCUUCCCAGAUGAAAGGUUUGGAGAUGAGAGUCCAAUACUGGCCCUGCGCCAGGUGGGUCGUUGUCGGGUAAACAGCAGUCCAGCCAUGGAUAGCAUGUUCACAGAGCUGGAAGGAGUAGCAGGCUUCCACCCUCCCUUACCUCCUCCACCUCCCCCAUACCACCCCCCUGCCACACCUAGUCACGCACAGCUCAAGGGUGCGUGGCGACCUCGCGUGCCCUUGCCAACCCCCACCCGUUCCUUCUCCUACCCCUGCAACCGCACCCUGAUCCAGCGCCAUGCAGCCACCAAGCAUGGCAGCUCAGACUACUCCUCUGUGCCCAGGCCUCAGCCCCCUGACUGCACCAACCCACAGGCUAUGGGCCGAGCUUUGCUUUCAGACCAGCAAGUGAUGAGCAUGGAGCCGGUUAUGAGGGAGUUCAUGCCUGACAUUGCGCUAGGUGUUUCGGUCAUGACUCUGAGGGAGCAGCACAUGGCAGAAAUGGAGAGGGAAGGCCCUCAGAGCCACCACCUGCCUCAUGGGCCCUGCCCUUCUUCCCGCCUCAGCCAUGGCUAUGGACCUGGACAUGGCCACUCCUGCAAGAGACACGCUCCUGAGCCCAAACUGGAAGCUCAAGCUGAGUUCCCUGACCUGUAUGACUUUUCCUGCCGACCUGCAACCCCAACCUCCACACACCCACUGCCCUCCUUUGCUGGACCAGACCUCUACAGCCACAGCUGCACCGCCUCCAGCUCCUAUCCUCCUCCUUAUGUUUCUGACUCUCAGUCCCAGGGCCAUACACAGGGUCGGACUGCCUCAGACCCACUACGACUGGAUGUCCUCAGUAUAACCUCUCAGAGGCAUGAUGGUCUCCUUGCUAGCCCCUCUGGAGCCCAACCUAGGAUGGGACAUAUUUCAAAGGGGCGAUCAAAUGAGACAGACCUGACUCAUGGCUUAGGCCAUUUACGGUCCCCCAGUGGGAAUAUGGACAACUAUGAGGAGAGACACCCAGGACCCAGAGAGACCCCAGAAGAGAUGGGUCUAGCUGGAGAAUCAUCAGGCCCAGGGCCACUCCAGCAGCCUCACAGAAACAGUGUCAGUGAAGAGAUUGUCAGAGACCGCAGGUCACCUAGCAAACCUGACUACCCCUAUAAGAAAUCUGCACUUUAACCCCAGUUUAAAGACCAGGGGUUGGGUUAAGAAAAGGGAAAAAGAGAUGAGUGGCUGUCCAUCAUAAUGAAUAGCAAAGCACUAAAUGUUUGCACGCGCGCGCGCGCGUGUG